AGACAGGAGGAUGGAGAAUUCAAGCUCCCCUGUACUUGUGUUACAUAUUGAAACAUUGUCUCAGAAACCAAUAAGCUGUUGGGUAGCAGAAGUGGAAGGGAUGCAGGGAAGCUACUGUUAGUGAGAUCCCCUGCCAGGAAGUCAGGAACACCUCAAAGAAGGUGACCAAUGGCCAGGGCAAAGGUCAGUCUAGCUAGAAGGUCCUGCCUGGGAGGAGGAAGGGAAGAACCAUAUGGAGAUGGAGUGAUAGGCCAGUUCCACCACACAGAGGGCCACCAUAAAGUCAAGGGGGACAGACUUGGAGACAAAGGGACAUUACUUCUUUGAUUGUAUUUCCAUCCGGGGGCCGGGGGCCAGUGUGUGGUGUGAUUGCCAGCAGUGUCCUCAAGGAAACUAGAAUGCAGGGCCUUCCCAGUUGUUGUGCCUGCUUCUCUCACAGAAGCCUUCCCAUCCCUGCACACCUCCACAGUCCCCUCUCCUCACCUCCCUUCAUCCCCCCAUGCUCCUGCCCUUCUCACCUAUUUCCUCUCUUGCCUACCCCCAACACACCUCUGGCCCUGCAGCCUCCUUACCCAGCAGCAGGACCACAUGAUAGUGGUAAAAAUAGCUCUGUUCGACAGAGUGUGAAUGGAGGAGCAGAGGCAGGAGACAAGGCUGGGCCCCCAGUGCUAGGGAAGGGCCCUUGGGCGGUGUGGGCUCCUGAUCCCCUCCCCUGCUCAGUCACACACUUGCUCAGAUGGGUCACUUCAGUCUCAGCUUCUGUUACCAUAAGCAUACAUCCAGAGCCAGCAGCAGCAAGGCGAUGUGACACAGCUGUCAGAGGUAAGGACCCCAGAGGGCUGACUCUAGCCUUGACCCUCCAGGGACAGCUUCUAACACUGCCCCUUUAGUCUUAGGACACUUUGGUCUGUCCUAGGGCAGCCUUGGUGAUGACUCUUUAUUCCAUCUUGGUGGCUAGGUGUGUGCCCAGUGUCUCCAGUAGGUGGGAGUUUCUCUGAGUCUCUAUGUCUGAGCCACCAUGGCAUGCGCAGGGCCAGCCGGUGGGCGGCAGCGGGUGAGCAUGCAGGAACACAUGGCCAUCGACGUGAGCCCCGGUCCCAUACAGCCCAUCCGCCUCAUUUCUGGCUACUUUCCACACUUCUACCCCUUUCUGGAGCCAGUGCUGCAUGCACCAGACCCUCAGGCUAUGCUGGCCCCGGCCAUCCACUCUGCACCCCAGCUGCAGCCCAACUCAGAGCCAGAAGGAGACUCGGAUGACAGCACUGCCCUGGGCACUCUGGAGUUCACGCUUCUCUUUGAUGCGGACAACAGCGCCCUACACUGCACAGCCCACCGUGCAAAGGGUCUCAAGCCACCAGCCUCAGGCUCUGUGGACACCUAUGUCAAAGCCAACUUGCUGCCAGGGGCCAGCAAGGCCAGCCAACUUCGGACACGCACUGUUCGAGGCACAAGGGGACCUGUCUGGGAGGAGACGCUCACCUAUCAUGGCUUUACUUGUCAGGAUGCUGGACGGAAGACCCUGAGGUUAUGUGUGUAUGAAGACUCACGGCUUCGGCGUCGAGCAACCCCCUUAGGGGAGCUACGAGUGCCCCUGAGGAAGCUGGUGCCAAACCGAGCCAGGAGCUUUGACAUCUGCCUGGAGAAGCGGAGACUGACCAAGAGGCCCAAGAGUCUGGACACAGCCCGUGGCAUGUCUCUGUAUGAGGAGGAGGAGAUGGAGGUAGAGGUGUAUGGGGAGGAACGUGGGCGCAUCCUACUGUCCCUGUGCUACAGCUCCCAGCGUGGUGGCCUGCUGGUAGGAGUGCUGCGCUGUGCCCACCUGGCCCCCAUGGAUGCCAAUGGCUACUCCGACCCCUUUGUCCGCCUUUCCCUGCAUCCAAGUUCUGGAAAGAAAUCCAAAUAUAAGACCAGUGUUCGGAGAAAGACCCUGAACCCUGAGUUCAAUGAGGAAUUCUUUUAUGCAGGUCAUCGGGAGGAGUUGGCCCAGAAAGCACUGCUGGUGUCUGUGUGGGACUAUGACCUGGGCACAGCUGAUGAUUUCAUUGGUGGGGUACAGCUGAGUAGCAGAGCCAGUGGGGACCGCUUACACCACUGGCGUGAGUGUCUGAGCCGCAGUGACCGCCGGCUUGAACUGUGGCACCUGCUGGACAGUGUGCCCCCCCAACUUGACAACUAGCCAGCACAGGGCCCUGCUUGCAGCCUAUUAAGGGGCCAAGAUGUCUGCUGCAGCUGGAAAGAGCUGUAGGUUGGCCCAACCUGCUGUGCCCAUUCCUGUAUCCUUUCAGUCACCCCACCCCCAAGCACAAUGCAAAAUAAACACCUGCUUCUGCCA